AAACAAAGUACUAUUUCUUCUGAAAUAAAAAUUCCCUAUAAUCAAAAGGUUGAACAAGGUUUAAUAUAUAAGUUAUUUAUAUUUAUUAACAAGAAACAUCUUUCAAAUUCCAUAUCUGAUAGACAAAUUCUUGAAAACAUAUUAGAUGAAAAUGAUUCAACUUCAGGUUCUGCAUCCCAUUUGCGUCUCAAUACUGAAGUCUCACCUAAUAAUAUGACUCAUAUCUUUAAUUCUUCUGAUGUUGAUGAGAUAGGUGAGAGUGAGGAUGGAGAUUUCUCUGAUGACAACAACGAAGAUGAUGAUAAGAAUUAUGACAGUUUCUACCAAAAAAUAGCAAAUAAUAGAUUUAAAAAUAUUGUAAGAGAUCAUACCCUGGAAGCAGAACAGGCAAGAGAAGCAGAGCUUGUGAGCAAAGAAACACCAUUUGACUUAGCGCAUAGUGCAAACAUAUCUACCAGAAGACGACACCGUAACCCUACUUUACCACCAACUUAUGAUGGAGUGUCAUCAAUUCCAAGCAUGAAUCGCCGUGAAUUUACUGCCGGUCAAAGAGAUCGAUCCGCAUCACCUACCAGAAGAGUUCCUAGCAGAAGGGAUGAGAAUACUAAUCGAGAUAAUGUAAAUAAUUUAGGUGGAGAUUUAGGCAAUAAUGUGGGUGGAAACUCCAGCCAUAACGCAAAUGAUGUGGGUAGAGAUUCAGGCCAUAACGCAAAUGAUGUAGGUGAAAAUUCAGGUCAUAGCGUAGAUGAUACAGGUGGAGAUUUGGGUGAAAAUUUAUAUGAUACAACAUACAAAUUUUCAUCUGAUUUGACAAGUAUUACCUCAGCCCUUAAUAUAUCUGCAUCACAAAAUGACAGUGAUUUUAGUAUGGCCGAUGCAGGAGGAGAUAGUCAAUUGUUGGAAUCUAUAAAUGAGGAGGGAAGUUAG